AGAGAGACAACGUAAUUUGAGAAAUACAAACACGUGUUGGAGCAAUCCUUUGACAGAGAGCUUAAUACUUCUGUUUUACUCAUUUCAUGGUCAGCAGUUGAAGUUGCAGGGUUGCAGGGUUACAGGGUUCCUCAGGCAGCCAGCUUGCGGAUGUGUUGGUCCUUGGUAAAGGGACGGGCCCGCGGAAGACUACUUCAACGUCGCAACCUCUUUCUUCUUCAGGAUUAGAAUACUCAGGGUUCAUCUUGACGGACAUGCCAUCUACUGUACAGGAUAGACACGAAGGGACUGUUCGAAGAAGGCAGUUACUGAAGACGUUCUGCGGUGACCGAGCUGGUUGUUUUACUACUCUCUCACUGGUGACAAUUAGCGUAGCCUCAUAGAAGCGACUGGUUCUUCCUUGUGGCUUACCGUGCCCAUGGUGUAUUCGGAAUUUCAGAUUCUCGUAAAGUCAGAUACCCAUCAGUGGUUCCUGGUUGUUCCAUUCAGUCAUGAUGGGGUGAUUUUCCAUCGGUCAAAAAUGAGGUGGUGAUAGGCAUGUCGCCACCAAGUCCAGUGCUACAGUGACUGUCCAUUUCCUGUUACAUACAUUCGCUGCAUCAGCUCUUGAGUUGUAUUGCAGAGGCAGGCUAUACGGAUGACGAGGCAAGACCGUUUCGGCGAUGUGGGACAGGCAGGGACUUUUGGGAGCGUUGCUUUCCGCCGUUCUAGCGGCCGCCGUCGCAUUGAAGGCCAACUCAGGGGCUACUGUGUGUGCGGCUCUCGCGUGUGGAACAUUCUUGACAACCAUACCAACGUCGUUGUUCACUGCGUCGCUUCCGUGGAUGCAGCCAGCAAGCGUCAUCGAAUUUUUAUUUUCAACUGUCGCUUCACUUGGAUUCCUGAUUGCUGCGGCGGGCGCGUCACAAUUGUUUGUCGGAGGCAGCCACGAUGAGGGUGCAGGGCUGGCAAUAUUGCUCAACAUAUCGUUACUGGAGGCUACUCGGAUCCUGUACUGUUUCCUGAGAACUCGACCCGCAUGUACACAACUAUUUCCGGUGAAUUUGGAGGUUGCUGCGGCAGUUGGCAGCGGAUUCUUUGUUCCUCUUGCGGUUGUCAAUGUCUCCGCAGUCUGGAGACAAGUGACAUAUACAGGCGUUGACAGCGUUCCAUUUCUCAGAUCGUCUCCAACGGCAAACGCCCUUUUGUUUGGUUUAAUAGUGGUAGUACUCAACAUGUUCAGUCUGGUGGCGACGAAUCUGGUCUUCUGGUCUUUUCUGCACAACUUGACCGUCGCCGCGAAGACCUGCACCAUCGGCGGGAUUUGUAUUUGCCACGCACUUCUAACUUUUUUGGCGCGCCUUCCUUGGCAGCAAGUUCUAGGCUCGCUGGAGACAAGCAUUAUUUUUCUCAUCUUCGCAAUUUCUUUGUUCCAUCUGGUGACACUGACGCGGUGUCGCCUGCUCGCAUCUGCUGUUUGACAGUGUUUCAUUCAUUUUUAAGGAGAACGACGCUCGGCACAUGUUCAUAAAAGCCUGUUCAGAGAAUGACGCAUACGGCUUCGCGCUAAUUCAGCCUACAGUUUCACACAUGUUUGAUAGCAACUGAUAAUGGGUUUGGAGAGAGAGCACCGGUAAUAAUCUCGCAGUCAAAGGACACCAGCGCAAACGUUUCAUCUUUCAGCAGUGGGUUGGGAGCACAACCCCCUAUGGACCCUUACAUCAUUGUUCAUUCCGAGGCAGAAUAUCCCGUUUUCG